AUGGACGCCUUUACACAGAUCUCACGCAACCUUGACCUGAGCCAGCUCCUGCUGGUGCAUACUGGCCUUGCGCUCGUCAGCGCCCUGGGCACCGCACCCACCUACAACCUGCCUGUGGCCCUGUUCGGUCUAUUGGUUCUGCGUGGCGAAUUCGACGGUGUGCAAAUGAAGCGGCUUGCUGUAAUCCUAGCUGCUACCGGGGUCCUCGACGUGCUGUGGAUUCUGGCGAAGGGUUCGCUCAACUUUACGCUGCUAUUCGUACUGGCCAAUCUGCUGGUUAAGCCCCUGUCGGUUGCCUGUGCCGUGCAGUCGCUGCAGAACAGUGGGGCGGGGAUCCCGGGCCUGUCGUUCCGGAGCGACGCCUAUGAGGCCAUGGGCGGCGAGGAUGAAGACCAUCCAGAUGCCGCCGUCAUCAGCAUGCCCGGUGCGCUGAACAGCCCAUAG